AAAUCGAAACUGGUAACAUUGUGCCGAGCAGUCAGCUGGUCACACUAGACGACGGAGGGUAAACAAAAGUUUGUUGUGUGUUAUUGGUGAUUUAUUUAGAGUGCAAAAGCAGUGCCCUGGCCCAAAUCAGGCCACAAGCUGGCCAUGGCGAGGCUCAGCGACACCAAGAUCCCGAUCACGGACUUCCUGGAGGCGUACCGCCGCCAGCCGUGCCUGUACAACACUGUAUUGGACACUUACAAGAAUCGCGCGUCCCGCGAGAAGGCUUACGAGGCAAUAAUCAGGGCCCUCAAAAUCCCCCACCUGACCGUGGUGGACAUAAAACUGAAGAUCAAGAGCGUGCGCACCGUCUACUCCAAGGAGCUGCGCAUUUGGAUGCGCGAGAAAGAACUGGGAAGGCGCUACGUGCCCAAGCUAUUCUGGUUCAAGCUGGCGGACUCGUUCCUGCGCUCCGUGUCGCUCUCCCACUGCAAGCGGACCAAGAACAGCAAGCAACCUCAAACGCCGACCAAGCCGGAGCCCCUGACGCCGCCGAGCAAACUGCUGGUCACUGCCACGGCGGACAUCAGCAUGAGCGAGGAUGCACUGGAGGAGGAUGAUGAGGUGCAAUGCGAGGCUGACCCGAACCCGGAACCAGAGGCGGAGGAGCACGCGAGCCCGGAGAAUCCAGCGGUGAACACUUGCAUCAUUUCCCUGCCCACGGAGAACGGAAGCGGUGGCAAGGACGAGCUCAUUAUAGAUGAUUCCACGCUUUGCUUGGUCGAGGCGCAGCAGCAGCAGCAGCAACAGCUACAAACACAACCACACCCCCAUCUUCAUCCCAAUCCCCAUCAUCAUCAGCAGCCAAACGCACGCAAAACAAAGUACAACAACGCUGGACCGGGCCUUGACGCUGCCAGUGAGGACGAGUUGGUGAUAUUUGGCCAGAGCAUAGCUUCCCAGCUUCGCACCAUUGUGGACUCGUAUUCCCGAUCUGUGGCCAAGCUGCGUAUCCAGCAGGUGCUGUUCGAGGCGGAAACUGGCCAGUUUCAGGCCAGUUCCGAUGUCUCCACUGCUCAGAGCCAGCAGCAGCACAACUUUUAAUUCUUAAUAAUUCUAGACUUUAGUCUCCUUUCAUGAUCAAAUUGACAAUGUUUAAACAAACUGUAAAUAUGACAUUUGAAAAGUACAUAUAUAUGUAUAUCUGCGUAAGUCUCAAA